CCCCCCACGCAAGGCACGGGGAGCACGUGCAAACUCCACACAGGCGGGGCCGGCAUUGAACCCGGGACCUCAGAACCGUGAGGCCGACGCUCCACCGUGCCGCCCAGGCACAUAUUUGAUCGAAUAAAAGAUCAAAGCUUACGGCGCACUGCCAAUAAGUCAUAAAAAGUGAAUACUGUACAGCACUGGUGUCAAACCCAAGGCCCGGGGGCCAGAGCCAGCCCGCUGCAUGAUCUUAUGGGGCCCACAAAGGACAAACUGUUGUUUGAUUCUUGUGAAAAUCUGGACCAAAAUGUCAAAAACGUUUUUUGUGUCACCAAACAUGAAUCGUUGAAAAACUCACAACACUCGAUUUGAGCUUCCAAAACCGGCUCGGAAAUUUGUACGUAUUAUGUAUUAUGACGAUUAUGAUUUCACAGUCGUAGCGGCCCUCUGGGGGGAAACCGUAACUGCAAUGUGACCCCCGACAAGAAUGAGUUUGACGCCCCUGCGGUACAGGACAAGGGGUGUCGAAUUCGUUUUUGAUGCGGGCCACGUCGCGGUUACGGUUUCUGUCGUGUUUGCAAAACACAUAUGUAGGAAAUGCAUAAUUGCCUCAUAUUAAUACAUAUACACACGAAAAAAAAAAAUCAAUGAAGAAAUGUAUUUAAAAAAACAAAAACAAAACGUAAUUUCCGGCCGAUAAGCCGCAACUUUUUUCACACGGUUUCAACCCUGCGGCUGAUGCGGGGAUGCGGCUAAUUUGUGCAUUUUUUCUAACGGCCGCAAGGGGGCACUCCAGCGGGAAAGGUAAGAGUGACACCGUGGAAUGUGCCCUGCUAGCGUGCUACUGCUGUGUCUCGGUGACUUUUACCAGUAUAUAUUUUUUUAACCGGCCCUGUGAGCACAGCGGGGCUAGCGUUAGCACGGAGGCGCUAGCGUUAGCAUGAGCACGGCUGCGCUAGCAUUAAACUUUCUGUGUGCCGUCUUUCUUUGUAAAUAUCUCGUGUUUCAAUGUCGGUUUCAAUGUGGGCACUUGCGGCUUUUACGCAGGUGCAUGUACCAAACGGUAUUUCCUUUACAAAUGGUUGAGGUUUAGAAUCCGGCGCCCACUUUAGGCCGGGAAUGACGGCCAUUGUGAUCAACCUUUUUUCAAAGUGAAGACGAUUUGCGAUGUUGUUUUCACGAGAAAUUUUGCAUUUGAUUUGCUUUUGCGGGUCUCAUGAAUUGAUUUGGCAGUCCGAAUUUCGCAACCCGGGCUAAAAAGCUUAAGGUGUAUUCUUCAAACUUGCACAAAAAGUGUUUCUGUGUACCGUCUUUCUUUGUAAAUAUGUCACAUUUCAAUGUGGGCACGUGCGGCUUAUACACGGGUGCGGCUGACGUAUGUACUGGGUGAGGCUUAUAAUCAGAUGCGGCUUAUAGUCCAGAAAUUAUGGUGUACAUUUUCUUUUGUACUUUACCAAGUUUUAUUUUUAUUUUGUUCAUUGACGAUUUCUUAUUGUGACAUACCCUGUAACUUUAUUUUACAGCACAAAUAAAGUGAUUAGCAUUACGACCUUUAACCCGGCCCGGCACAUUGUCGCCAAUGACCGCAGAACGCGUGGCACGGCCCGAUCGAUCACAUGACCUUCACUCUCAGUUCCUAGGUCACCUGACCUGGGUGUCAGUUUCCCUGAACCCGUCCAGUCGAGAUGAACUCCUGCAACUGCUGGACACGGCGCGGAAUGUGUACCGGGUUGCGUGAAUUGAUCGAUUGCGUGGGUGAGCAGCAGUUGAGGGUUUUGCCCUUGAAGACCAGCGUGGACCAGGACUGCAUCCUGAGCCUGUCGGCGCGCUGCCUGCUGCUGACGUGGCGGGACAACGAGAAGCUGCUGAUGAGGAUUCCCACGCACGAGAUCGCCGCCGCGUCCUACCUGAGAGACGACGCGCUGCACCUGCUGGUCCUCAAGACGGGUCUAAACGUGGACACGGUGGUCGCCGGGGACAACAGCCUGGACCGGAAGAACCCGACGGGCGCGGACGGCCGACGUCAAACCGUGAGCUGCAACGCCGACCCCCGGCCUUCGGGGGGGACGAUGGAGCGACGGCACACCAUUUGCGGAUUGGACUGGAGGCCGUCGCUGUCCAGGACCAACCAUGACAAGAACCAGAACGUGGAGAGAGGUGGUGGAGACAGAGGAGGAGGAAGCUUAGAAAGGAAGCGAGCAGGGGGGAGCUGGGAGAGGAGACAACCCACCCGGAAGACCGGCGGAAGUUGGGAGAGCCGUCGGCCGAGGCCCGCGAGCGGCUCGGGGCCCGGAGGGGGAGGAAGCUGGGAGAGGCGGCACGGUGGAGGAGGAGGAGGAAGCUGGGAGAGGCGAGGGGGAGGCGGCGCGGGAAGCUGGGAGCGCCGGCAGGCCUGCACCGGAAGCUGGGAGCGGGGCAAGAGCUACGGGAGCUGGGAGCGAAGGAACCACAACCCGCUGGAGCCCACCCCGUGCCCCGAUGCCUACUGCAACCUCGUCAUCCUGGCGGCGGAGAACCGGGAUGCCGCAGAGGAGUACUGUUCUCUUAUCUGCCAGAUGUUCCAGAUCAUCUACGGCCAUCAGACCAUCGAGUGCGUGGACAGAGCCGGGUUCCACCACACCAUGCCGGACCGCUACUGGCUGCAGAGGAGUGACAGCUGCCUCACCGACACAUCGUACGGUUAUGAUCCAGAGUACAGCUGCUGCAGUUCGUACGACGGAUCCCAGGAGGCCUACGAGCUCUGCUACAGCGAGACUUACAGCGAGAGCUCCUCGGUCUCCCUGCACGACUCCCACCGCAGUCUGGGCUCGGCCAGCGACCCGGGAGAGAGCAACCCCGCCCUCGCGCUCAUGCAGGAGUACAUGAUCACGCUGAGGAACAAGCUGAACGCCGCGGAGUUGCAACACUUUGCCGUCUUCCUGAGGGAAUACCGCCUGGGAUCGAACAUCGGCCACUUCUGCUCCGAGCUCCUGCACCUGUACGGAGACGAGCGCAAGUUUCUGUUGCUGGGCAUGCGGCCGUUUAUCCCGGACCAGGACGUGGGGGUGUUUGAGAGCUUCCUCGAAAGCAUCGGAAUCCGUGAAGGCGGAAUUCUGACCGACAGUUUUGGACGGAUCAAACGCAGCAUGAGCAACACGUCGGCCACCGCCAUGAGAGGCAGGUACGACAGCUGCUCCCUGGCGUCGGGAUCGCAGGAGUUCAACCGGCGCAUCAGCGACAUCACGCACGACAUCCAAGCCCUCGGGUUCGGAGACGCCCACGACGACAUCGAGGAGGAAGACUACUACCUGUGACUCGCGUAGCUCUCUGAAUAUAGUCCAAAGUCAAGGAAUUAGCUUGAUUUUAGCACGUGUCAAAGCCGCGAGCAUUUUUCUCCCUCACAGUCCUGUGACCCGCGUUAGCCGGUUUCGACCUUCCCCCGCGCGGACUUUGCAUGUUCUCCCUGUGCACGUGCGGCUUUUCUCCGGGUACUUCCUCCGACGUUCCAAAAACAUGCAUCUCGGUUUCAUUGAAGACUCUAAAUUCCGUCUAAAUCUAAGCAUGGACGUUAUCUGUGUGCAGGUUUUGCACGGCACACAUAAUCAAAAAAACAUUCGCAGUCACAAUCAGGUCUGAAGGCAAUUUGAAGUCUUCGAGUCGUGCAUUUUUUGGGAUGCGGCAGGAAAUCGGAGUGCCUGGAAGGGAUUUGAACCCUGGUCCUCAGAGCUCUGAAGCAGACGCUCCACAGAUGUUCCACCGUUCCGCCCCUUUUCUUCCUGUUCCCGUUUAAAUGAUUCCCAUAUAGCCAAAUGUUGGGAAUUCCAUCCAUCCAUUAUCUACCGGUUUUACGGGUCGGGUCUCGGGGGAAGUAGCUUCAGCAGGGAUACCCAGACUUCCCUUUGCCCAGCCACUUCUUCCAGCUCUUCCGGAGGGAUCCCGAGGCGUUCCCGAGCCAGCCGAGAGACAUGGUCUCUCCGGAGUGUCCUGGGUCGUCCCCGGGGUCUCUUUCCGGCGGGAGGUGCCCGGAACACCUCACCGGGGAGGCGUCCGGGAGGCAUCCGGAUCAGAUGCCCCAGCUACCUCAUCUGGCUCGAGACUGAGCCCCUCCCUGAUGGCCGAGCUUCUCACCCGUUCUCUAAGGGAGAGCCCGGACCAGACACUCUGCGGAGGAAACUCAGUUCCGCCGCUCGAAUCCGAGAUCUCGUUCUUUCGGUCACGACCCACAUCUGGUGCCCAUAGGUGAGGGUACAAACGUAAAUGGACUGGUAAAUUGAGAUCUUCGCCUUCUCUUGACCACAACGGACCGAUACAAAGUCCGCAUCACUGCAGACGCUGCACCGAUCCGUCCGUCGAUCUCCCGCUCCGUUCUUCCCUCACUCGUGAACAAGACCCCAAAGAUACUUGAACUCCUCCACUUGGGGCAGGAUCUCAUUCCCGACCUGGAGACGGCACGCCACCCUUUUCCGGUCCUCGGCUUCAGAAACCAGAUCUAGGGACAUGGAAAAAAAAAAUGAUUUCCUGAGACCUUGUAGUACCGCUUAAUCACCAUCUGGAGACAGUAGUACCACAAAUAGCGCUGGGUCUUGUCUUCACUAAGAACUCCUUUCUACGAAGAAAUGGGCUGAAAAGGAAGAUUGACGCAAGCGUCGUGAUCAUUUGUACUUAUUUGUUGAAGUCUUCACACCCCACAGCGCGGCGAGGCCUCCCGACGUUCCCACGAUGCACCGCUUCCCCGCUGCCGGCCUGUCCCCUGCCAGCCUCACUGAACAUCAGCCGGAGUUGUGAUGUAAUCGUGAACGUGGAGUUCUUCAUUUUCUCCUGUUAUGCGCUCGUGACACGGGACCGAUGACAUGAAAAGUGAUCCUCAACGGUGGAUUAGAGUGCUGUUAUUGAUCGUUGUAAUCACCCGCGUGUGCUGGUAAUAAUCACAUCAUCAGCUCACUGGCGGGUAUAAUCACACACAUGCCGUGGAACGUGGGAGCUUAGACGGUGGUGGUUCUGAAAAGUGAUUUGUUCGAAAAUCAAAUCGAUGUUUCCCAUUACAAUGAAUGGAAAAAGAAAUAAUCCGUUCCAAGCCUAAAAAAAUUAGACUUUUUAAAGCAUUUUUUUAGCUUUUCCUGAUAAUAAACUGCAUAGUAGAAAUACGUAUAUAGUUUAAAUACUUUAUAUAAUGAAAUCAUUGAAGAAAUAUAUUUAUUUGUACAGAGAAGAUUGCGUGACGUAGCGACUGUAGUUUUCGUUGUAUUGUGUGUGGUGUGCUCUGGUAAUCUUUAAUGCAGAACACCACAAACAUAGAGAAGAUUUUCUCCCGCCACCCAAUGACCUCGAAUCCAACACUUCUGGGUCUGCCCAACCGCCCUGGCGUUGCUACGAAAAACUAAAAGUAUUCAGAUAUAGUUUGACCUGGUAUCGUAAAAAUAAAAACAAAAUCCCUCGGAGAUUUAAAUCAUCUUUGGAUCGUAAACCAGCCGUCAGUUCCUCGGAACCGGAAGGUCACUUGGAGUUCAUUCGCCGGGUUUUCAGAUGUGCGGGGGUCAGAGGGCGCGUGGGCGAUCACAAACUUUUUUAUCCCGCAGGGAUUACGGCGCGUGUCCUCCCGCCGGCCGGCUAUAUUUAGCGGCCUGGCAUCUGCGCGGGGAUCAGCGGCGAGAAAAAAAACAAAACCCGUUGAGGUUUUGGAACAGCGGAAGGGGUGUCAAAGUCACCCGUUACGUCUGUGAAACAAAAAUAUUGAAUCGUGUCAUCAUAUUUACAUCAUCAAUUUAUGAACUAGUAUUUGAAUCGGGCUAAUGUUUUUUUUUUCUUCCAACUGUUCAUGUUUGGUAACACAAAAAUGCGCGUAAUAUCUCAUUUAUGAAACACGACAAUUUGAAAUUUGGAAUCACGGAAAUUGCCGCUGGAGAUUUGGCUUCGCCGGCCACUUCAAAUCGUGCGGCGGUCCCGGAUCCGGCCCCGGGGCCUCGAGUUUGACACCCGCGAUGUAGCACAUUCUUGAAUUCAGUGAAUUUGGUCUCCCUCGACGUCACUCCGAGGACAUUUAUCGAUUUUGGAGAUGAACAAGGGGCAUUUCAUUAAAAAAAAAAAAAAUUAUUGGAAAUGAUAACCGAUAUGAAAACUACCAAUAUAGAGAACUUGUAGAUGAAAUAUGGGCCACGAAGACCACAUACUGUAGGCAUUUAUUUCUAGUCACGGAAUUAAAAUGUAUCUAUAUUCCUAGAUUAAUGAUUAUUUCGGGAUUAUUUGAGAAAUUGUGUAUGCAUAUUAUUGUUUUUUUUUAAUUCAGGAAUAAAUGGCAAGAAGCGCCCCUUUUCUCACUACUUGAGGCCCUGCCCCCCCCCCUUUCUUGCAGUAUGAUUUAUUAUUUUCUUUUCUAUAUUUUUAUAUUCCUUGUCUAAUUGUUACCGUUGUGUUUUUACUAAGCAUGUGCCAAAAAAAACCAUAUUGACUCUUGAAUCAUUAGUUAUUAAUAAACGCAGUUGUGCAACGAGA